AUGGUGGUUACGAGAAAUCAUGUUCAAGAAGACGACGAUUCUACACCUUCUGUUGAUGAAAAUUUAGUUUCAGAAGAGGAAGAAUCUGAUGAUGAAUACAUUGUAGAAAAGAUUUUAGAACAUCGAAUUAAAAAAGGAAUCACGCAGUAUUAUCUUAAGUGGAAAGGGUUUCCUGAAGAAGAUAAUACAUGGGAAAAUGAAUCAGACAUUGAUUCAUUUAUUGAAGAACCCGAUUUUUCUUUACUUGAAGAUUAUCCUCCACCGGACCUUACUAAUUGGGAAGAGGCUGUUGAUGAUGUUGAAACUGUAGAAAGAGAUUCCGAAGAUAAUGAUAAAAUUCUGGUCUAUUUAAAUUGGUAUUUUGAGAUUUAA